UGUAUAAAUAUGUGAUUUUGUUAUUUAAAUGUUGUAUAAUCAUACUGAAUGUAAAAAUGUGUAUACCGGUAUUAUCAUUUCAAUCAUCCCACUGAAAAUGGCUAUAUUCUAUAUACAUGUUGAAAAUGUAUGAACUUUUUUGAAUUUCACGUUAAGGUUUCUGUUUUUAUAUUCAUACACGGAACAGACGAAAUUGACCGAGUCAACACAUUAUAGUUGCUACAGAGUAUCGUCAUAUCGUACUAUAUUGUGUCAUGAAAUACACAGCGGGCGUGACCGGUCAGCAGAUGAUUUUUACUCUCCUAUGCACCUGACCUUUUCUCUGGUGUUACCGGAGAUCCCUUCCUGUCCUAAUCUCAAUGAACUGAGAACGAUAGUAUUGUUUCGCCGCCAAUCUUCUGGUUAAUUUUUAAUAAUUAUCAUUUUAAAAUUAUUUUUUAUGUCAAUAUAGAUAUUUAAAUUUUCAUAAAAAUUGAUUUAGUUGACAAAACAAAGAGAGAUAACUUUAAUUUGGGUUAAAAUCGCGUCUUUCACAAUAGAAAUUAAAUGGAAAUCCCCCCCCCCCCCCCUCCCAAACACAAAUUCCUUUUUGCAGGUAUUGCAUGUAUAUAUAGUCAUUUAGCAAAUUUAUACCAAAACUUUUGUUGUUUCAUCGGGGGGGGGGGUGGGGGGUGGGGGGUGGGAGGGGGGGAGGGCAUAUGUCUACAGACCAAACUACAGCGAUAAUGUUCACUCUGUGGUAUAUUGCAAAUGAGGUUAAUGUGUAAGAAAUGAAGAUUAACCAUUUUUUUACUCAAUAAUAUCAAAUAAUUUGACAAAUAAAUGGUUCAACGAACACAUUUUCUAACCUCUAAUCAUAAGGAGUUGAAAUUAAGAGCAGUUAAUAAAAAAACACUAGUAUUGAAGUUAAUAAUCAAUAAUCAUUGGAUUCUACUUUCAAUUUAAAACACUAUCAUUAGCCAAAUUGCAAAGCUUUAUAAAAUAUACGAGUUAAAAAUGUAGCCGGGAAUCCAGAGUUAGAGUGCGUAGUUCUUGGUAGACUUGUAGAAUGUAUGAGAUUGGUUAAUUUUCGUAUUAUCUUCCCUUUUUAGCUUACCUGAGCUGAAAGCUCAAGUGAGCUUUUCUGAUCGCCUUUUGUCCGUCGUCUGUUCGUCCGUCUGUAAACUUUUUUUUUUUUUUUACAUUUCCGACUUCUUCUCCAGAACCACUGAACCAAAUAUAACCAAACUUGGCCAAAAGCAUCCUUGGGUAAAGGGCUUUCAAGUUUGUUCAAAUGAAGGGCCAUGCCCCCUUCAAAGGGGGAGAUAAUCACAAAAAUGCAAAAAUAGGGUGGGGUUAUUUAAAAAUCUUCUCAAGAACCACUGAGCCUGAAGAACUGAAAUUUACAUAAAAGCUUCCUGGCAUAGUGCAAAUUCAAGUUUGUGAAAAUCAUGGCCCCUGGGGGUAGGGUGGGGCCAUGAGAGGGGGUCAAAGUUUUACAUACAAAUAUAUAGGGAAAAUCUUUAAAAUCUUCAUCUCAAAAACUACAUGUACUUGGCCAAGAAAGUGGAAAUGUACAUGAAAGCUUUCUGACAUAGUGCAGAUUCAGGUUUGUUAAAAUCAUGACCCCCGGGAGUAAGAUGAGGCCACAAUUGGGGGUCGAAGUUUUACAUACAAAUAUAUAGGGAAAAUCUUCUCUACAACCACGGAGUCAGAAAAACUGAUAUUUACAUGAAAGCUUUCUGACAUCGAGCAGAUUCAAGUUUGUUAAACUCAUGACCCCUGGGGUUAGGAUGGGGCCACAAUUGGGGAUCAAAGUUUUAAAUAAUUAAUAAAUAGGAAAAAAAUCUUUAAAAAUUUUCUCCUUAAGAACAAUUGGGCUAAAGAAGUUUACAUUUGCACAAAAGCUUCCUGCUUUAGUGCAGAUUGAAGUUUGUUAAAAAUCAUGGUCCCCAGGGGUAAGAUGGGGCCACAGUAGGGGAUCAAAAUUUUACAUACAAAUAUAUAGGGAAAAUCAUUAAAAAUCGUUUGAUGAAAAAUUACUCGCCAGAAAAGUUUACAUUUACAUGAAAGCUUCAAGACAUAGUGCAGAUUAAAUUUGGUAAAAAUCAUGGCCCCGGGAGUAGAUUGGGCCACAAUAGGGAUAAAAGUUUUACAUGCAAAUAUAUAGGAAAAAUCAUUAGAUAUGAGCCAAGGUGACUCAAGUGAGCGAUGUGGCCCAUGAGCCUCUUGUUCUUAAUUUUGUCACAAAUCAAACACAUCUUUAAUUUUGUUUCAUGUUUUCAUAUGCUACCAUUCUUUCACGGCACUAAUUUUAAUCAAUAAUAUCGAUUACAAUGCGCUAGCCUACGAGAGGGUCUGUAUGUGAAACGCUGAAGCAAUGUGAAGUAUCGAUCGAAGAACACCGUUUCUCAAUGUUAUAAACAGAAAAAAAUGGCGCUUUACAGACCGUUUCUUACCUCUGAAUUUGCAUUAAUAGCAGUAUUACUAUUAAAUGUGACUGAUGCCACAGUGAAAUUGGAAUUCUGCUCUUUUUUCGGCAACAGGGGGCCCAAGCCUCAAUCGAAUUUACGAAAUUGUACGUGGUAUCAAUCGAAUUCAUGCUGCAUGCAAGAAGAGAUCGAUGCAACUUUUGGAAAGGUGAAACCAUUAAUCGGUGCUUCUCUGCUGUGCCAAAGAUAUACGAACUACCUUAUGUGUUAUAUAUGUGCACCUCAACAAAAUGAGUUCUACAAAUUCGAAAGACUGACUGUGUGUGAAGACUUUUGCGAACAUUGGUUUAAGGCAUGUGGAUCAGCUAUUCUGAAAGGGGUCGUGAUAAAGGAUUUAUACAACAACGGGAGAGCAUUCUGUAAGGGUCGCUCAUUCGAGGUUGACAUUAAGGAAAAUAACAUGUGUUACAGAUUUGACACCAAUCAAGACAAAUCUAGCAAAGGAAAUGUAUUCUUGGUGAAUGAGUUGCUUCGUUUUGUGUGCUUAAUUUCGGUUUUAAAUAGAGUCUUAUAUUGAUUAGUUAAUCCAUUUCAGCCUUUUUACAACGAACAUUAGUAUUGUAGUUUGACGUAUUUCAUUGUUGCAUAUUUCAUAGAUUUAUUUGUCUGUAUAUAUGUACGUUUAAUUAAAAUAUGGUAGAGACUAUAAA